AUGGUACAAGGUGCUCUCAUCAGCGUCAUUUAUUCCCACACUCUCGAACUCUCUCUAACUAAUAUCAACCAAUCCGCAGCCGUAACUCUCAUGUCUUCAGAUGUCGAAUGCAUCUGUGUCGCUUUACAACCAAUCCAUAAUCUCUGGGCUAGUUCCUUGGAAAUCGCACCAGUGAUAUGGUUACUACAGAGAGAAAUCGGACCAUUGUUCGCAUCAACCAUAGCGGUUUCAGGCCCCCUUUUUCGCGGCGAAAUAUAUGAGCGCUGCGCAGAAGCUUUGGUUGGAGAGGAUUCGAAUGAGACUCGAUAUAUCUGUCGAGAAAAUAUCGAGUAUGAUUUCCAACUUAGAGAAUUUGAAAUCAGCAAGUCUCUGAAGAUGAGGAGGCUAUUCGUGGUUAUGACCGCUUUUGGUAAUAUGUCUGGUAUUUUCGCGCCUGGGGCGGCUUUUAUCAUGUAUGUUAUUGUGGCUUCGGCGAAUGAGAAAAUUCUGGAUGUCUCGUCGGCUUUUAUCGCCCUAUCGCUUAUUGUGUUGCUGGUUGUGCCUAUUCGAGCAAUCGUGUUUGUAAUUCCGCGGCUUAUUGCUGCGGUGGGAUGUUUAGAUCGGAUUGAGAAUUUUCUUACUUCGGCUACGAAGAGAGAUUAUCGUAUUGUAUUGCCGCGAGUGCGACGUUUUUCAGGUGGUCAUUGCAGCCUUGGGACAUCUUCUAGGGAUGUAUCUGUGGGUCCUGGGAUUAGGCUGGAGAAUAUGACAGUACGAGAAGAUAUAUCCGAGCCAACGACAACGAUUGCUGUCAAAAACUUGUCUCUCCCUUGGUCAAGCGACUCCCCUCCAGUCGUCAUCGAUAUAUCGUUUUCCCUCCCCUCAGCCACCCUAACAAUGAUCAUCGGACCAAUCGACAGCAGGAAAUCUAGUCUUUUAGGAGAAUUUCCUUCGACAAAAGGAAAUGUCUGUAUCAAUCACUCUCAAGUUGCAUUAGUAGAUCAAACCUCUUGGAUUCCAAAAUGCAGUAUUAGAGAUAACAUUUUCGGGACUAGCGACUAUGAAUCUGCAUUCUAUCAGAGAGUCAUACAUGUUUGUACUCUAGUAAAUGAUAUUGAAGGGUGA